AUGUUUCGCAAACAAGCACACUCCACUCUUUCAGUCGUUAAGUCUUUUGGUGGAUGGACAAGUACUCCACAAACAAAAGAGUCCCCAACGGUCUCUAGAGAGUCAAUUGAUAUGAAUCAUCCCGUGAUCGAGGCUCUUAAAAAACACGUUAAUUUACUCGACUAUGUCAUUCACAAUAGAAUGUAUAUACUCUUACCACCAGCUAUAUUGUUAAAGGAUAUCCCUAUCACGAACACUUUUUUACUCUCACAUAUCAUUUACAUAUCACCCAAUUUCCAAUUUGUGUCACUCAAUGGAAUCUGUGGCAAAUUCAAUGGGCAAAAAGUUUGUGUCUUUGCGAGUCCUUAUCGCGACGAACAUGACGCUGAUUUACUCAACUUUAAAAUGAAGUCUGUCAAUGAACUUUUCCCCAUCUUUUCUACACAAGUCUCAAGACUGGACUACUUCUCUCAUGGUAAUUUUAAGGUGAUGACACUCUUCAUCAAAUUUCCUAUUUGCGAGAAUGAAGUGCCUUGGAACUGGAAGGUCAAACCCGUCCAAAUGACUUCACCGCCAAGCUUCUCGUUAUUCAAGCAGUUUAUGGAGCUUGAGACGUGCUUUGUACAAAUCAGGAAAUUACUUCCAUGCAUUGAGGCGGAGGAGGAGAAGGACGAGAUGGUUCAUUCGGGGCGAUUUCCAAAAUACUUUCAUUUGGACUUCUCUGAGAAUCGCAUGCAAUCGUUGCGACAAACGGAGAUGGACAUCGCCAAAUUCUAUUCGAAAAUGUCGUACAACGACUCGUUACAUAUUGUCAAGAGAAUGAUGCAAUUCAUCACCAACUUCCCGGGGUUAGUCGAAAACAAAUCACUUCGAGACCGACGGCUCCUCUUAACCGAAUUUUUGGAGGAAAUGACUGAACUUGUUAAGAAUGAUGUGAUGUGGAACGAUGAUGCGGGUUUCAAUAAAUUGGCGUUUCAGAGUUGUUUGGAUGACUUCUUAGUUGCGAAACUGUAUCGGUGCUUUUGGCCGCCAUCGAUCCUUGCACUUGAAAAGGUCGAUGUGUUCGAUUGUGAAGUGCAUGACUGUUUGUAUCAGACGACGUGCUCGGAGCACUUGUAUUUUACACCACGAGACUAUGGGUAUUUAGGGCCAUUAGAUUCGUUCAAUGUGAUAGUACCAUUUGUAGUGAAAUUACUGAGGAAAAUAGAUACUGUUCGAACAGCAAGUGGGAAAGCAGUUUGUGUGUUUUGUGCUAUGAAGGUCGUUGAACAGUUUUGUUAUUACCUUGGCGAGAAAUUUGAGAACGACAAUUUGUUUCCAAUGAUAAUGACGUAUUGCAUCAUUCAAGCCGACUUAUCACAUAUCAAGUCAAAUAUAGUGUUUAUCAAGAACGUUGGUAUGAACGUCGAUUUGCUCUUCAUGCAUUACUUUGAGAACUUCGAAUUACUCACUGACGGUCUUAAGGUUAUAUCAGUCAAGUUUGUUGGCGUGAACAAAGAUGUGUACUCUUUUCUUAAAAAACAGCGGAUUGCUGAAACAGGGUGGGUCAUCAAUAAGACGCAGACGUUUACUCAAUGUACUGAUGACAACUUGAAACGGUUUUUUGGCGCGUUUUGUGUAAGAGGAGACUUGAGAAGUGUCAUCUUUUCGAAUCCAUCGAAAUUCCAACGAGACGACUAUGUUGAACUCUUGGAGAUUUUUCGACAAUGCCAUGUCGAAAUGUAA